AAAAGUAUGUUGCUUUCGUUAUUAGAAAUUGGUCCAAUAAAAUAGCAGUUUAAAAUGUUCUUUUAUGACGUCGUUAUAACGUUCUUAUAUGACGUCGUUUUUCUUGAUUAUUGACCCCAACGACGUCGCAUUCGCGAUAGCCAUUUGCCGAGUUGAAAACGUCGUUGUUUUGACUUGGCCCAACUUGCCCUCCCAUUCAGCCUCUCGACCUCACUCUCUCGACAGUGACAGUGACACCCCGCGUAUCCUCCGAAGGAAAAAUGCGGGAAAUGGGUAAGAGAAAGCGGCAAUGGCUCCAGUCGCCACCGAUUAAAUCUCCGACUGAAUCUGCUAGAACCAACGACGCCGAUGCGACUCCGAAAGAGCCAUACCCAUCUCACCCUCGACCUUCCCCAGAAGAAUGCCGAUCCGUACGGGACGACCUAUUGGCCCUACAUGGUUUCCCCCAGGAAUUUGUUAAGUACCGCAAGCUCAGGCCUAACUCCGGCGAUAAUGGUCUUCCCGGCGACACUGUGAAAUCAGGGCCGUUAGAGGUGGAGAAGGAUGGUGGGUCUUCUCCCAAGGAGACUGUGCUGGAUGGUCUGGUGAGCACUGUAUUGUCGCAGAACACCACUGACUCCAACUCCCAAAGGGCUUUUGCAUCUCUGAAAUCGGCUUUUCCUGUCUGGGAAGAUGUCCUUGCUUCUGAAUCUAAAUGCAUUGAGAAUGCCAUAAGAUGCGGAGGUUUAGCCGCAACAAAGGCCUCAUGUAUUAAGAACAUUUUGUGUUCUUUGCUUGAGAAAAAAGGCAAAUUAUGUUUGGAGUACUUGCGGGAUAUGUCUGUUAAUGAAGUCAAGGCUGAGCUCUCUUGUUUCAAAGGAAUUGGGCCCAAAACGGUAGCUUGUGUUUUGAUGUUCCAUCUUCAGCUGGACGAUUUCCCUGUGGACACACAUGUAUUUCAGAUAGCAAAAGCCAUUGGUUGGGUACCAGAAGUGGCAGACAGGAAUAAGACAUACCUUCAUCUGAACCAUCGGAUCCCAAAUGAACUAAAAUUUGAUCUGAACUGUCUCCUGUUCACACACGGUAAGCUCUGCCGACAGUGUACAGCUAAAGGAAGCACCCAGCAAAGAAAGGAAUCCCAUGAAAGCUCCUGCCCAUUACUGAAUUACUGUAAACGAAUUUCUAAUUCAAAUGAAUUAACAAUUGAUGGGUAUUCCCUCUGACAGUCUCUGUAAAAGGGUGUGCGCUGAUCCCUCUCUCUCUUCGUGAGGAAUGAAGCAAUGAUUAUGGUUUGCCCAAUCCAAGACAACCAAUAUGAGAAAAAGCUGAGAACACCCACUUCCUUAUGGCGGAAGUCAUAAAAUAUUAUGUCAAUUAUUUGUGCCCAAUCCACAACAACCAAUGUGAAAGUGUCCUCAGAAUUUUAUCUGCAUUUGUUUCCACAUUUGGUGAUAGUGAAAUGGUUAAUCAUGCCUACUUUGUUUGCUUCCUUUAAAGCAAGAGACUAGCUUGAGUUGAGUUAGAAGGUAAACAGGAAGAGUGGUGGUUGAUGUGAAGUACAAGAGCUAUUGGUAGAAGUAGUCGUGUAAGAAGUGAAGACCACAUCCACUGGCUUCUUGUUUCUAAUUUUUCCCAAAAGCUUCUGUGGAUCGGUGGGUCCAUUCAUCCAACUUGAACUAGUGUCCAACACUAGCGUUUUGUUAUAUAUAUAUAUAUAUAUAUAUAUAGUAAGCUGCAUGUGUUUUUGAAUAUAAAAUAGUGUUUACAUUGUCCAAACUGAUAUGCCCAGAUCCUUUCGAAGAGCUUUAAGAUAGAUAUGCUUACAUCAUUAUCCACUUACUGUGUUCCUGAAUUUAGCAGCCAUGCCAUCCUCAGUUCUUCAAAGCUUUAUAACUCUCUGUAUUUUAAGUUGGGUAAAGGGUGGAGGUGGGGUGCUGAUAAGGUCCAAACCCAAUAUUAGAGCUCAGCAGAAUCAAGUACUAUUUUAUGACCCAAUUGAGAAUUUAGUCCCUCACUGCCUCGCUGGUAAAGAAAAAUAGUCUGUCACUCUAUUCUGUACCGUGUGAAAUUAGUUUCAUCCUUUGAUCUCAGCAUCUCUGCCUCUUUUUGACUUGUGGGUUUUCACUUGCUUUUUUGUCACUGCUAUUGUCUUUACCAUAAAGGAUGGAUGAUAUUAUCGAAGUGCUAAAGUAUUAUCGUUUUCCUCGAUGAAGCAUCUAAAUAUCUCUUUACACUUUUUAAGUUUUCUGCAUCACUCUGCUUUUUAUUAAUUUUUUUUAACUCUUUAAUGCGUCAACCUGAUCCUACUUUCUAGUAUUCCUUUUAUUUUGUUCACUCCAUUGACACAUUUAUGCUGUUCAAGAUGGUUAAAAAAUUGUCCUCUGGCUGGUGUACAAUUCAUAAGCCAACUGGAAUGAGUUGCUUAUAAAUGGAGAAGCAAAACUCUAGGAGAAAUGCUUAUAUUUUCAAUUGAAAGAAACAAAAAUGACGUAUUAGAAGCUGCAUCUUGCUUCCUUUCUUACAGAAUGGAUGGGGAUGGUGGUUUUCAUUCCACAGUCUCUGUUGCGGAGAAAAAGCUGAGAUUGUUUGGUGUCGAAGUGGAUCCACAUGUCGAGGGUGGGAAGUAUCUAAGAGAGGCUGAAGCAGGCAGAAGUGUACACUCAAUGGGCACCAUUACGCGCUGCAGUGGGGAAAUUACUGCAAAAAGUUCAGUAGCUGAACCCAAGCGCAAGAAGUACAAAUGCCAAUUUUGUUCCAAGCAGUUUGCAAACUCACAGGCAUUGGGGGGCCACCAAAAUGCCCACAAGAAAGAGAGAAUGAAGAGGAAGAAAUUGCAGCCUCGAGCAAGGAAAGGCGGCUUGAAUUUUCCAGAGCAAUCUGUAGGGAGUUCCUCUGUUCCCAUCUACCAUCAGUAUCCUCCCAUGUUGCACAACUCCUCUUCCUGCAAACCUCACUUCACCCUCUACGGCGAGUCUUUGAUUAGUUUCAAAUCAUCUGAUCAAGACCAAAAGUUAAACCUUCACGGCUAUGAAACUACUGGUGGAGCUUCAGCUCAACCUGCAUGCUUCCAAUUAAUACAAGAAGGCAGCUUGAGGUCAAGCAGAGGAGGGUUCAGUAAGAACAGACCCAUGGUCAUCAAGCCUUCUCCGAUGAGAAGCUAUGAGCGUUUGGACGUCAUCUUGGGGCUUAUCAAGAAACAAGGUGGCAGCAGCUCCUUUGGAAGCGGGCAUUAGUAGAUGAUGUUAUGAUUCUAUAGGAAGUGUUUAGGAUUCAUUUGCAUCAUGGUAAAUGCUAAGGCAAACGUCUCGUCUCUGAUUUGAUAUUGAUUUUUCUGUUCAUUUCAAGCUUUGGCAGUGAUGUUUCAUUAUCUGAGCGAAAUGAAAUGGGGAUCAAUCUUCUUCAA